CUGUAACGCCUCGGAAGUCACAAAACGCAGGGCCUUUGCUGGAAAUAUCUGGCAGUACCCGAAAGCACAACACGUGGAGUUUUACACGUUUAGCGAUUUCGGAGUGCAGCUGUAGUACGAUAAACUUGAAAAUGGCCAGCUAUCACAAACCCGACGAGAAGACCCUGCAAGGGCUGAAGGAUAUGGCGAACAAGUUGAGGAUUCACUCAAUCAAGGCAACAUGCGCUUCCAACUCUGGGCACCCCACCUCCUGCUGCAGUGCUGCAGAAGUCCUGUCUGUGUUGUUCUUCCACACCAUGCGCUACAAAGCCAAGGACCCCCGGAACGCCUGCAACGACCGCUUUGUCUUGUCCAAGGGUCACGCUGCCCCCAUCCUGUACGCUGUCUGGGCGGAGGCUGGGUUCGUUAAGGAGGCGGAGCUCCUGAACUUGCGUAAGCUGGACUGCGAGCUGGAAGGUCACCCGACACCCAAGCUGGCGUUUGUGGAUGUCGCGACAGGGUCCCUGGGUCAGGGACUUGGGGCUGCCUGUGGAAUGGCCUACACUGGCAAGCAUUUUGACCAAUCCAGCUAUCGUGUGUUCUGCCUGCUGGGGGACGGGGAGUGCUCUGAGGGGUCGGUGUGGGAGGCCAUGGCCUUCGCCUCUUACUACAAACUGGACAACCUGGUGGCCAUUUUGGACGUGAACCGGCUGGGCCAGAGCGAGCCGGCCCCGCUGCAGCACGACAUGGAGACCUACCGCAAGCGCUGUGAGGCUUUCGGGUGGAACACGUACGUGGUGGACGGCCAUGACGUGGAGGAGCUGUGCAAGGCCCUGUGGCAGGCCCAGCAGUUCAAGGGGAAGCCUACUGCCAUCGUGGCCAAGACCUUCAAGGGCAAGGGCCUCAGCGGAAUUGAGGAUGAAGAGAACUGGCACGGUAAGCCCAUUCCCAAGGACCGUGUGGAGGCCCUGCUGACUGAGCUCCAGAACCAGAUCCAGACCAACAAGCCCCUGUGUCCUGAGCUGCCCAAAGAGGACGCAGCUGAGGUGGACCUCUCCCCCAUCAGCCUGCCUUCCCUUCCCAAGUACAAACUCGGGGACAAGAUGGCGACCCGUCGUGCGUUCGGGCUGGCUUUGGCCAGGCUGGGGCAGACCAGUCAGCGGGUGAUGGCUCUCGAUGCGGACACAAAGAACUCCACCUUUUCAGAGACCUUCAAGAAGGCCCACCCAGAGCGCUACAUUGAAUGCUUCAUCGCCGAACAGAACAUGGUGAGUGUGGCGAUCGGAUGUGGGACGCGGGACCGCAUGGUGCCGUUUGCCUGCACCUUCGCUGCCUUCAUGUCCCGCACCUACGACCAGAUUCGCAUGGCGGCCAUCUCACUGUCCAAUGUCAACCUGGUUGGCUCCCAUUGUGGCGUCUCCAUUGGAGAGGAUGGCCCCUCUCAGAUGGCUCUGGAGGACCUGGCCAUGUUCAGGGCGGUGCCCACCUGCACAGUCUUCUACCCCAGUGAUGCAGUUUCCACUGAGAGGGCUGUGGAGCUGGCCGCCAACACCAAGGGAAUCUGCUUCAUUAGGACCAGUCGACCAGACAUGGUUGUGAUCUACCCUCCUGAGGAGAAGUUUGAAGUCGGUCACGCUAAGGUGGUGCGUAAGUCGGAUGAUGACAAGGUGACGGUCAUCGGUGCAGGCGUGACUCUGCAUGAGGCACUGGCUGCAGCAGAUCAGCUGGCUCUGGAAGGUGUGAACAUCAGAGUGAUCGACCCCUUCACCAUCAAACCCCUGGACGCUUCCACAAUUGUGUCCUGUGCCCGGACCACCGGUGGAAGAGUUCUCACUGUGGAGGACCACUACAGAGAGGGUGGCCUGGGCGAGGCCGUGUGCGCGGCAGUGGCGGAGGAGCCGGGCAUCAUGGUCCAGCGGCUGGCGGUCUCCCGUGUCCCCCGGAGCGGGAAGCCCCAGGAGCUGCUCGACCUCUACGGCAUCAGCGCCAAAAGCAUCGUGGCCGCUGUCAAGGCCACCUUCGCCAACUGAGGGCCCAGCCAACCUCUCACUCGCACCAUCCUCUGCGGCUAGCCCAGUCUCUGCACUAACACUGUAAAAAUCGCACUUUCAAAACAACGUUUUCCAAGCAGAGCAAGCCUUCACACCCACCAGGUGUGCAGUGAUAGGCACUUAAGCUAUGUGGUUUUAAUACUCCCCACUUUACUCUGCUCAUCUGCAACCUUGUCAUGCUGAUUUCAAAUGGGGUUUCAUUCCAUUGUUGAUACUCAGUCACUGUAACCAAAUUGCAUUUCUUUGUUUCGUUAUCCUUUAAAUCUGUGGCAUAGCACUUGCUGUGGCCUUUCGAUGCCGCUGCACGUCAAGCUUGUUUUGCCAGAUUCAGCCCUUUAGGGUUUCUGUGAAUGUUUUUGCAUUAUUCAGAGGUGUUCAAUUGGUUUACUGUAAACAGGCCUGGCUUGAAGUGUGUUCAUCUGGGUGCGUUUCAUUUUGUGUUUGAGUUUAAAUCUGCCUUGUGCAAGCUAAAUCAUUUUGGUAAGAAAUUUAAAUGCAUUUUCCACCAACCAAUCCUGUUCCAAUUCUUGUUUCCGAUAUCCUCUGAUUUAUAAAAUAUGUAUAUUUUAUAAAUUAUAUUUUUUUGACUCAAUUUCAGUUCUGCACCACUGUUCAUUCAUUUUGUUUUUUGAUUUAAAAAUAAAUUAAUAAUAAUUGUCAUUUUCCACUGACAUGUUAAAGUAAUGUCUUGAUGUUAAGUGAGGCCAUUUGCAUAUUCACAAGGCUUGACACACUUGUUGCUAGAUUUGUUUGAGUAAUUUGUCAGUGGCCUGCCGCCCCCUCAUGUGAAACUGCUGAUUUGCAGCCAGACAUGGAGUUUGGGAACAUUCAGAAGAAUUUAGUUUUCCAUGUGUUACUGAAAGAAUCUGUGGCUGCCUGUGUGCACACUUAUGCCCGUUUGUGUUGCUGUGGUUACGAUGCAUUGAAGAGUGUAAUAAAACUGACAUGCUUAUGA